GCGUCCUUUCAAAUUGUGUUCAGUUUAGAAACAAUACUGAUGCUAGCGCUUUUAGAAUGAAAUUUCGACGAAUCAAAAAAGAGAACUUGCCCUAGCUAGCUUUAUGAUCCCAAACGAGCUAUUGUGAUGUAUUAAACAGAACAUAUUUAAGGGUUCAAGAUUCAUUGGAUGUGGGAUCCGCGUAGGAUCCCUCAGGAUCCUAUGAUACGAUCGAGAUUGACGUUGUGAAGAGUGUACGUAAUUUUUUGCUUGCGUAUAACUUAACUCAACUGUCAAUCCGCAGUCAGCGGAAUCCAGUGACGGCAAACUGUCGGCGCCCACACCAGAUGAGGAUGGAGGAGCUCAGUCCGACCGCUGAGCGGCUGGUGUCUGAGUUUGUGCGCACCACGCGCCGCCAGGGCGCCGUGCCCAGCCGCCAGGUGGCCGACCGCACCCUGGAGCUGCUGCGACAGCUGGUCUCCGAGCCCGGCUGGCGGCAGACGGCGCAGCUGGUGGGGCAGCUGCGCGCCGCCGGACGGCAGCUGGCCGCCGAGCUGCCCACUCAGCCGGCCGUCGGCACGCUGGUCUGUCGGCUGCUGAAAAUGGCGCGGGAGGAGCACGGCGCGCACGACGAGGUGCACGAGGCGCGUCCGCACGGCGCGCCGCCCAGCCAGGUGGACUCGCUGCACCGGCGUCUGACGGCCGGCCGGGGCGCGGCGCCGGCCGCCGACCUCAGCUCCGAGCUGACCGGACUGCGCGCCAACCUGCUGGCCGGCCUGGACGAGCUGCAGACCGAGCUGGACGCCAGCGCCGACAACAUCGCGCGCGAGGCGCUCAGCCACAUUCACGCCGACGACGUGGUGCUGACCGCCGGCCGGUCGGCCACCGUGCUGGCCUUCCUGCGGCGCGCCGCGCGCGAGCGCGCCUUCCACGUGCUGGUGGUGGAGGGCGCGCCGUUCGGCGGCGGCCACCGCGCGGCCGCCGAGCUGGCCGCCCUGCCGCGGCGCGUGCACGUCACCGUGAUCGCCGAGUCGGCGCUGUUCGCCAUGAUGGCGCGCGUCAACAAGGUGAUUUUGGGCGUGCACACGGUGCUGGCCGACGGCGGCCUGCGCGCGCCGGUGGGCACCCAGGCGCUGGCGCUGGCCGCCCGGUUCCACUCGGUUCCGGUGAUUGUGUGCGCGCCCUCGUACAAGCUGUCGCCGCAGUUCCACCGCGGCGACCAGCAGGAGGGCUUCCUGGAGUCGGUGUCGCCGGAGUCGGUGCUGCCGUACGCGGACGGCGCGCUGGUGGGCCGCGCGCGCCUCACCUGCCCCCUGUUCGACUACGUGCCGCCAGAGCUGGUCACCCUGUUUGUGACACACACCGGCGGCACCUCGCCCUGGUACGUGUACCGGCUGCUCAACGAGUACUACGACCAGCAGGACCACGAGAUCGUGCAGGUCUGAGACCAGCAGGACCACGAGAUCGUGCAGGUGUGAGACCAGCCGGACAGCGAGGGCGUGCAGGGACGGGGUGACGGUGCGGUUCUGAAGCCAGCAUUUCGGCGAGAUCGUGCAGGUCGGAGAUAACCACGUCGUGCAGGACAGGGACAUCGCGCAGGUCUGAGACCAGCCAGUUUCAACGAGAUCGUACGGGUGCAAAACCGGGAUCGGGCAGGUCGGAGACUGGCAGGUCAUCUUGAUCGAUGUGGUCGGAGUUUGACAAAGCCUGGAGACCGUGCGAGUGCGAUUGGCCGGCCCGUCGGUGGUGGUGACGGGUGGAUAGUCACUGUGUCAAGGAGAUUUACGUGCCUAACAUAGCCAGCUAUUGACAGGUUCCAUCUGAUUUGGUGUCGUGAUCAUCUGUCGGGGACAGAUGUGUGUCGCAGGCGUUUCCGGCGCUGGCCGGCUAAACUGGUGCAGGGUGGGUCUGUGGGUGUUGGCACAUUGCCAGUCCAGCGCUGCACGCUGUCCGGCUCUGGAUGUGUCGCCCGACUGGGCAGAGUUCGCGCUGUGCCUGCACGGCGGCAGAUGGGUGGGCGAUAUCACACCGGUGACUGGUGACACAGCUCUGGUGCAAGUAAGCUGGCAGAUGAUUGCACAGUUUCAAGGAACUGUAAGUUUGUUACGUUUUCCUCGGUGUUUUGUAAAGGGCUCCAAAUUUAAGAUCUUCCGUGCUGUGAACCAACAAUUUCGUGCUACUCUUGUUCAUGUAGAUAAAGCGGUUACCAGCAUGAUAAACGGACGCUAAUUGCC